CUUUAGACAUAACAUUAAUGUCAGAUAUGGAAAAGAGGAGAAGAUUCCCGAAGUAGCAUGCUAUAUUCGGGUGACUCCAACAAAAACCAACAAACUAAUGACAUGUGGUCAGCCACCUAGGUAAGUGUAUUAUGAAACACAGAAUGAUUGACCAUAUAUACAUACAUAUAUACAAAUAAAACUGCAGUGUCCUCAGUAAGCCAAUACCCUGGUUCUCUCACUGGCUGUCUGUGUACACAGAAAACCAAUGAGAGUAGAACCACAGAUAGAGAAACAUGUCACUGCUCUUUCUGAACCAACAUCACAAAUCACUGGGAAGUACUAUGGCAAUGUAACUUACUAAGGAUGACCUAAUUUCCAUAAUGAAUGCUUUGUAAAAUAAACAGAAGCUUUUAUGGUACCAAAUAAACUAAUGAAAUUGCUGUAACCAGAAUGUAUUAUAUUAAAUAUAAAUGAUCUAAUAGUGUCACUAUAGUUGUGCGAUAACUGAUAAAUACAAAGUGAUAGGUUGGCUGACGGACCAAAGUGAGAGGAUAGCUGAAGAGGAAUAAGAUAAGUGAAAAAAUGGGCUGAUGGAUGGAAAGGGAGGAAAGGAUAGAAUUGUUACAAUUGUAUUUUGACUUUUCCUAUUUAAUUGCAGGGACCUAUUCCGUUUUACUAAAGUAAAGCCUACAUUACUUCCAAGACAAAACAUAGCAACUGAAAAGGAAGUGGUCAAAAAAGGACCAGAAAAUGAAAAAGAUUCUGCUGAGUAUUAUAAACAGAAUACUAUUCUACAGCCUGAACCUGUCACAAGUCUAGAAGAUAUUCCUUGUCCUUUGCUGCAGUCUAUGUCUCUAGAGCCUACAGCUGUUGUCACAUGUUUAGAAAACAACAAUUCUCUAGAAUGCCCUGUUUGCACUAUCGAACCUCAUACAAAUAGAUUGACAGAGGAUAUGCCAGUGAACCUUAGUCAUCCACAGUCCACUUUCAAUUCAUCUAACCCUACAAAUCUAGAUUCACAGAACCCAGUCACAGGUCAUUGUCAUUUGCUGCAGUCUAUGUCUCUAGAACCUACAGAGGUUGUCCUGUGUUUAGAAGACAACAAUUCUCUCGAGUGCCCUUUUCGUACUAUCGAACCUCAUACAAGUGAAUUGACAGAUGAGUUGACUGUAAACCUUGAUCAGCCACAGUCCACGUUAAGUUGUCCAUCUGAGCCUACAAAUAUAGAUUCUCAGGACCCAGUCACAGUUGGUCCUUCACUGCAGUCUAUGUCCCUAAAGGCUACAGAGGUUGUCACAUGUUUAGACAACAACAUUUCUCUAGAGUGCCAUGUUUGUGCAAUCGAACCUCAUAUUCUGCCACAGUCCACUUCAGGUUGUCAUCCUGAGCCUUCUAAUCUAGAUUCUCUGGAGACUGUCACAGUUCAGGAACAGAGUAUUCUUCUUGAUGUCCCAGUUUGUCCUGCUAAACCACAAACUAAUGAAAUGUUAGAGGAGCUGCCAGUAAACUCUGCCACUGUGAUUUAUCCCUCUGAGAUGACCUUGGAUUCCCCCACUGUUAAGCAUGAGGAGUUGUUUCUAAUUAAGCAAGAGGGCCCUCUUGAGCAGAAGCAAAUUGAGAUAGAGAAUAAUCAGCCUGCAUUAUAUAGGAGCCUGAGCUGUGACCCUAAAAAACAAGGAUUGCCAGAAACAGAAGAAAAAGAACAACCUGGUAAGGCUGAUGUGGUUCCAAAGCCAAUUACAGAAAGCCAAGAUCUUGCAGUACCUUCACUCCAAGAUAAGUUGGAUAUCAAAGCAAAGGUAGAAAGGGUAUCCUACGACAGGAAUUUCUUACUAAAAUUCAAAUCGAUCACGGAGGAACCAAAGGACUUUUCUGAAAUCUGUAAAAUCCACCAAGGCAUGGUUAUUAGACCUCACCUUCGGCCAGUGGAUCCAUCACAAUUAACUCGCAGAAAUUGGACACCUCAAUCUGCAAAUUCCUGCUACCCUUCUAAGGGUAAUCGCAGAUUGCCACCGGGAAUCCAUCAAAUGAGGUCUCCGCAAGCUCCUGUUAAAGAACAUCGACGAAUCCUUGAACUAAAUGAGAAUGUGAAACUACAAAAAUGUGAAAAAGCUUGGAGACCUCCCAUGAAAAGGGCAACCGAAGAUCCCAGUAGAGUCAAGGCUGAAGAACUGUUUCGGAAAGUUCGCGGUAUCUUGAAUAAGAUAACUCCUCAGACAUUCGAGCACUUAAUUCACCAGGUAAAGGACCUCUCUGUAGACACAGAGCAUCAACUUAAAGGAGUCGCAGAACUCAUAUUUGAAAAAGCAGUAGCAGAGCCUCAUUUUGCUGUUAUAUAUGCAAACAUGUGCAACUGGCUAAUGAGGCUUGAAGUCCCAACUGAAGAAAAUCGUGACGUGUGCAUUACAUUCCGCAGGCUGCUGAUAAGGCUCUGCCAGGUGGAGUUUGAGAGACGUGAAAAAGGUGGUGAAAGAAUUGAAGAACUUCAGAAGGAACUGGAGGCAACUAUAUCACCUAAUGAAAAGGCUCGAAUAAAGGAAGAAUUGAGUGAUGCCUGUAAAAGAGCACUCAGGCGAUCCCUUGGAAACAUCAAAUUUAUUGGGGAGCUAUUUAAAUUAAAGUUACUCUCAGAAGCCACCAUAAAAGACUGCCUUAUUAAGCUACUAAAUAAGAACACCGAGGAGUCCAUGGAAUGCAUCUGCCAGUUGUUGACAUCAGUUGGAAAACACCUUGAAAAUGCACAGCCUGGCAUGGACAAUUAUUUCAACAAGCUUAAUACCUUUAUUAAAAACAAGACCUCUUCUAGGAUUAGAUUUUUGGUGCAGGAUGUGCUGGACCUGAGGAAAAAUAACUGGGUACCACGACACAAACCUGAGGGGCCAAAAACAAUUGACCAAAUUCAUAAAGAGUCAGAACAGGAAUCCAAAAAAAAAGUUCAGUAA